AUGCAGGAUGUGCUUUGCCCUGUCAAAUCCGAGUAUCCAAACGUAACAAAGGCCUAUUUUCGGCAGGACAUAACUGGAUGCUCUCAUUCGUUACCAACAAUCCUUGCGUGCCCUGCAGUUUCGGGUUCUACAGGAGUCCAGAUUAGACGCAUUGAUUUCAGUAAUCCACAGGGCCGUAAGGGAGCCACAGAUUGCCUUCCAGCCACAUGUAAGGCUCACGUACGCAUUUUCAUCAAUGAAGGCCAUGAUGUCACGAAUGCCACUCAAUUAAAAGACACUCUUGUCUCACAUGGAGGAAUUGAUGGCGUCCGCGUAGUGUGUCUGGAUGCAAUCACAAUGGCAUCACCAAUAAGCGAAAUCGCGAAGAUCCAAAAUAUCAGUAAACUCAACAACUUUGAGUUUACAGAGGGUGGUAUCAAAGCAUGGAGCGCAUAUGGCAGAGGAAAACAAAUCAAGGCUUAUACCUUGAUAACAGGUAACGCACAGUCUUGAAGUUUUUGUUUUUGUUGCUUGUAUUUGGCACCAUCGAUUAUCUUAAAAUUUUCUUUAAAAAAAAAAAUUAAGGAUAGCUAAGAAACCCCCACGUAACCGGGAAGAUCAACUCAAAAGUAAUAAGAGCAAUGGAAAAAAGAAUACCAAUAAAGCAAUACAUACAAAGCUCCUAAAACUGAAACACAAUAAAAUAUAUCUAUCUCUACACUAAAUUUAUUCGUUUACCCAGUGUCGUUUUGACACUUUUAAAUUUCCCUAUUUACAGAAUCCAAAAACAGGUGGCUAGAAUCUACAUUUUCUCUGGGGAAAUUCAAGUCUCAGCCAUGAAGAGAAAAAGCAUGUUCACGACGACGAGCCUCCCAAAACAAAAAAGAGUUCCAGUGACAUACAGGAGAGUCAGACCAACCACGGUUUAUACAGUUGCCACGAGAGUGGAUGCACAAGGGUGUUCCAAAGACAUUCGGCAAUAACGAAACAUCUAUCCUCUGAAAAAUGCAUACGGUCCUUGGAAAAACACACUCUUAUGGGUCUUGCUAAGCUUGGCUAUCAGCAGGUUUUGGAAGAGGGUGUCGGUGUCGUGCCAAACUUAAGAACCAGCAGCGUUGCAAGCAAACAAUGCGGAGAACGUUUAACAGAGGGAUGGGCGUUGCAACCAGCUAAGAAGGCAUACCAUUUUAGUGAAAGGCAGAAGGCCUACCUUACUGCUAAAUUCAACAUUGGUCAGUCCACUGGACGGAAAGUCGACGCAAGUCUUGUAGCACCUGAUAUGAGACGUGCCCAGGGUUUAAAUGGCGAGCGGCUUUUUAAAUCAACCGCAUUUCUGACCCCUCAGCAGAUAUCCUCAUAUUUCUCUUGCCUUUCUUGCCAACAGACCCUCACCCAUGAAGCCUACCUUACCGCCAUUGAAGAUGAAAUACACUUUUCUACAGCCAGAGACCAAGUGAUGGCUACUGUCACACUCCAACAUCCUAUUGUUUUUGACCUGUACAACAUCUGUGCCAUGGCAGAAGAAGACACAUUAAAGAACUUGAAGGUUUCGUUGCUUCAGGUGAUUUGUCAAGGCCUCAAUCUUGACAUCCCCAUUAACCAAUUCGCCAUAAAGCUCCAUACCUGA